AUGGAAGGCAAUACAAGUUCAACGGAGCCAAGUUUCAAGGAAUCCCUCUCUUUUAAGAUCUUCAAGAUCACCUUUUACUCGAUAAUACUUCUGCUGUGUCUCAUUGGAAACUUCAUGGUUGUGCUCAUUGUCUGUAGGACAAGGCGUAUGCGGAUGUCGUCAUAUCUACUUAUUCUCAACCUGGCGAUUUGCGACCUCAUCGUUCCUAUAACAAGCAUCCCAUUUGAUCUUGCGUUAGAAGAAAACGAGUACAUAUGGCCAUUUGGACGCGCUCUUUGUAAGACGUUGUUCCCUCUCGCGACGCUCUCUGCUACAGCAGCAUCGCUUACCUUGGCAAUGAUUUCUUUUGAUCGCUACAGAGUGAUUAUGCACCCAUUCAAGCAACGUCUCAACUCGCGACAGGUGAAAUUUUCCAUCGCAUUAACUCAUCUGAUGGGCCUCUUAGUUGUUAUCCCCUACGUGUACCACUUAGACUUGACACCAUCGAUCCAAGGCCAAAAAUGCGAGGAAACAUGGCCAGCAUUUUCCUACAGGCAAGCUUACACGUUAUUCCUUUUCAUUGUUCAGUAUGGGAUCCCAUUAGCUUUCAUGAGCGUUAUUUAUUCUCUUACUUUACUUAACUUGUAUGGAAGUUCCAAUAGAUUUGACAACCCCACUUGUGACAAGGGCAAAUACACGGGCCACCCAAGAAAAAUAAGCCUUCAAAUUGAAGCUACUGCUACCAAUAGCAACGUCAACAGUGGUCGUUUGGACAUAUCUCGUGAUCAUCGAAAAGCAAGCCGUGAAACCAUUGGGCAAAGACACGAUGUCCUCGCCAGAGAUCAAAAUAUCCGAGCAACAAAAAUGUUCGUCACGGUGGUCAUUGUUUUUGCCACUUGUAGGUUGCCAAAUGAGAUAUUUUGGCUCUGGUCAGAUUUUGGUGACGGGCAUCAAAGUGAAUACUCAAACACUGCAGGCAUUAUAUGCCGAAUGUUCACAUACACGAAUAGUAUUUUUAAUCCAGUUAUUUAUUGGGCAUUCAGUAAAGAUUUUAAAAAGGGAUUUAAGGAAAUAUUUACAAGAAAAAGGCAUGGAAUAUGGGAUGAUGAAUUAGAUGAUGAGAAUUGGUAUAAAAAAUUCGGCACCUUGAGCGAUUCGAUUUCCACUGUGUGGAGAAAAAUAAGCCGAUCGAGAAGUGAAAGUUCAAACCACUAUGAAAUUAGAGAAAAUAAUCAUGGUUUGUUACGCCAGGCGUAUACCAACAGAAGACCUUCGAAUUGCAAUGACCAUGUAUCAUUUUGUGCCAAAGAAAACGUUCUUGCACAAUAUGGAGAUGGGGCAGACCUUAAAAGAAAGAGAAACUCAUUAAAAGUAAAUCAGUUUGACGUGCUGCCAAAUGGCAGUUUAUUUCUGCCAUCACAGUCAAAGCUGGCAAAACUGAGUGAAGAGUCCAUCAUCGAUGCUGGAAAUCAAGAAGAGGUUGCGAAAACUAAAACACGGCGGUUUGGGACCGUGCUUCCGCCAGGGAGCUGCGAUACAAAAGAGGACUGUCAAACAAUUAGCAAAAUCACAAGGCCAUUGUCUGACGAGCUAGACCCAUCUUUCUAUUCAGGAAAGGAACUCGACAGUACGAUUGUGGAAAAUCUUCAAGAAGAUAUGUUAUCCCCAGGCAGAAAAGAGAGUUUUGAUGGCAAGGGGAUGUUUAUGAUUUUAGCCGAUGUUUCUGAUAAUACGGAAAGCGGUGAUAAACAGUCAAUAUCCUCUUUAGUGGAAAUCAAUGGAAAUUAUCACGAACAGCCUCUCUCCGAUGGCAUACUUUCUUCAGUACAAAACUCUGAUAAGCCUCUUGUAGAAAACGAGUACACUAAUAUCAUCAGCAACUCGGAGACCUCCAAAAACAUAUUGGAAGGACUACCUCCAGAAAAAGAGUCGGUGUUGUUUCUUGAACAAUUAUUUAGCCUAAAUAUGAAUUUAAAUGGCAUCAAGGAAACCAGCUGUUAA